UGUUUACCACCCCCCCUCUUGCUGGUGGGCGGGGCUUUGUGUCUAGCCACGCCCCCGCCGUUGCCCUUUCUCGCGCUUGGUGUCUGCGGCUGGCUUUGAGGGGAACGAGUGAACUUGAACGCAACACUGUGGUGUCAGUCCAGCAGGCGGGAGAGUCACGGAGAGGCCAGGCCGUCUUAUCAGCGCUGUCCUCCCCUCUCGGCCGCCUCUAUCGCCCCGCAACCAUCUGCCAGCAAGACACUUCUCCUUCCGCUUCUCUCGUUGUGUUUCUGGUGAGGAAGAAGAAGAAGAAGAAGAUGUCCAGACGUAAACUUGGAAGCCGCCCGCAGCACCUGAGUGCAAUUCACGAAUCCGAGGACACGGUGGAUGAAAGCGGGCCGCCACAAAAUCAUCCUCCGGGCCGUCAGAUCACCGCCGCCGGUGGGGCCCGUGACCUCUUGACCUGCGGCCAGUGCAGCCAGGCCUUCCCGCUGGCGCACAUCCUGGCCUUCAUCCAGCACAAACAGGGCGGCUGUCUGAGCGCCAACCAGAGGGCCAGCGCCAACGCCGCGCCGCCCUCACCUGCCCACCGGGCGCAGCAUCGGCAGCAGCGAGGCGGUGGCGCCGCGCUGGGACCGGGCUUCAUCGAGCUGAGGAGGGAGGAGGCCCAGAGGGACCCCACCUGGGGGGCGGAGCUUGCUGUGAAGGUGAAGGCGGAGCCCAGCAAAGCAGCGCCCGAGGAGCCCUCCUACUUCACCUGCCUGCAGUGUGAGAGCGUGCACGCCUCCGCCUGGGCGUUGUUACAACACGCCCAGCACACGCACUCCUUCAGCAUCUACCUGGAGGAGGACGAGGACGACGUCAGAGACCCGCGCCACCUGAGCCAGGCCCUCACCUCCGCCUUCCAGCCGUCCGCCCUCCGUGUCGGUCGGCCCCGCCAGACGCACGUUGUCCUCGCCCCUUCCGACUUGCAGGCUCUGAACUUCUCCGAGCGGCUGCGGGAACUGGCCGAGGGCAACAAUAACAGCAGCAACAACCCACUGGGAGAUCUGAUGCCGUCACCCUCUUCGUCCCCACCGGCAGCGUCCCCCUUCCCUCAAAACGGCGUCGUUCACUGCGAAAUGUGUGACCACAGCUUCCAGUCUCAGCGAGCCCUCUCCGCCCACUACCGGACUCACGCCUGCGAGAGGCCGUACCACUGCGGCGUGUGCGGCCAGGCGUUCUCUCAGAGCGGCCAGCUGGCACGCCACAUCAGGAACCACCACCGCGAGGCCGCAGGUGGAGGGGGCGGGUUUGAACCGGCGGACGUGGCGCUGACGGAGGGCGCCAGAGGGAGGUUUCAAUCGCAGCCGGGAAAGGUGGCGAUGGACAUGAGAGCACAGGGUGCCUCAGAGUUGGACAUGCCUAAGCACCCCGCCAUUGCUUCCGCGCCGAUGUUGCUGCCCUCGCAGGCCAGACCUGGGGACAGACCGCUGCUGAGGCUUUACCAGACCCACAGGGACGGCGGGGAAGAGGAGGCGGAGGGACAAGGGGAGCCCCGGCAUGCCUCGCCCUGUGCCAGCCCCUCAGAGGGCUCCCUAGAAAGUGGCGAAACCGGGGGAAGUGGCGAGAGCGGUAUCGCCAGCGGAAACUGCACACCCAAACGCCCCGAGAUGAGCGAACGGGCGCGAGGCAUUGGCGAGUGGGAGACGGAGCGGGCGGAGAUCGCUGACUUCAGUUCGGCGAAGGUCAGCGAGGUGGUGCAGGAGUGGCAGAGAGAGAACGAGCGCAGGAGCGGCAGCGCCGGAGGAGGCGGCGCCGGCGUGACCUCCGGCUCCUCCGGCAAGAAGAAGAAAGACGAGGCCUGCGAGUACUGCGGCAAACAGUUCCGCAACAGCAGCAACCUGACCGUGCAUCGCCGCAGCCACACCGGCGAGCGGCCGUACCGCUGCGGCCUCUGCAACUACGCCUGCGCGCAGAGCUCCAAGCUCACCCGCCACAUGAAGACGCACGGCGCCCAGGGAGCCAAGGCGCCCUUUCUGUGCCAGCUCUGCGCCGUGCCGUUCACUGUGUACGCCACCUUGGAGAAGCACCUGAAGAAGGUGCACGGUUUGAGCCACGCCAGCGUAGGCGCCUACGCCCAGGCGAGUGCCGCCGACACUCUGGCUGCCAUGAAGGCUGAGGAGGAGGCGGCGGCGGUAGUUGUAAAGAUGGAGGAGGACGAAGCUAGUCUGGAUCAGAUGGAAAUCCAGGGUGCAGUAAACAUGGAGGAGGAAGGACAUAGCCAGGAGGGGAGCAGAGGAAGUCCAAAUCUGGUGGCCCUGACUCCUGCACCCUGAGACCUUCACAAUAAACUCUGUACAGGACUGGAGUAGCCCUUCAAAAUAAAACCUAUUGAACUGACAAACCCGUAGAAAGUAGCAGAACUGGGGCAGAAAGUCAUAUGCAAAAAGCUGCAGGCUGAAAACAAAGUGCCUAGUUGAGACCGCAGAACAAAACAGUGACAUUCAACCGGGGACAGUACCAGCACUGCUGCGGAACAGGAAGUGAGCUGUCACAGUCCACGCCAACACAGGAAACCCCCACCCCACACACACUGUCACGCUGCAAACGACUCGAUGGAGCGACUCGUCUCUUCACUGGACCGGACAGGUGGCAACGACCACAGGCUGCGGUGGAGAGAAAUGAACAAUAUGGUGGCGGAUAGAAACAAAGAGGGUCUUCUCUUGUAACGACUUGGAAUGAACGCGAACAUUGUCUGUCUGCACUUUGUCAACCCCGGGGCUCUUUCUUUUAUUUGAUUUGAUUUUAAGGCGCUUGUCACUUGAGGUCAUGUUUACAGGGCUCGUGUCGGACGGACGUUCUCAUGAAUCCACAGGAUGACUUUCUAUGCAUACCAACUGUACUCGGCCCGCCUAUAACGUGUGAAACGGGUGUAAAAUGAUGUUUCUCUCGGGUGUCCUUUUAUUUUGUCCGCCGUUGUUUACAUUUGUGAAAUGUCCAACCGCUCAAGAGACUUUGUGUAUUUUUCUAAUGCUUUGUCUAAUUUAUGAAUGCAGCACCUUGAUGGUUGGCUAGAAGAGCGGUGAGGCCCGCUUUGGUUGAUUGGAGCACUUCAGAGAGUUUGAAUGUUUUUGUGCGUCUUCUGCUUGUCCCGUCACCUUGUGUCCAAAGCAUGACUUCCCCCCGCUCCGUGGGCUCGGUUUUGGGACCAAAACUCAUCGAGUCCAGAGUGCCACCGACUCGUUUUUUUCGCUUCUCCAUAUCAGGGACACCAAAAGAAAGGUGUGUUGUGUAAAAGCAGUGUAACUGUUCAGGGAUCAGGUCUUGUACAUAGACUGACAAUCGUUGCUGUUGUUCUUACUGUUGUUGUUAUAUUCCAACUAACUGCCUGUCGCUGUUACAUCUUCUCCUGCUGAUUGUCUCCUUUUUAGGCUCCACACUCCAUCUUACAAUCUUGUCCUGAUGAGCCUUAAUAAAGAGCUGAGGUGUA